AUGCCAACCCUUCCCUUUGCUGGAAUGCGACCUGUAUCAUUGCGAUAUAGACCAUCCACAAGUUGCAAGCCCGGUGAUAGCAUUCCACGCGCUGCGGAAAGCGAAGCACCUCGAUCAGAGCUGGAGCAAAUGUCUUACGUUAACGUCGUCGCCGAUCAGUAUCAAAUCUGUAGCCCGAGCAUCGGUAGCCGCUUUGAGGAGCCAGGGAGUCGUGCGACUCAUGACCUCGUAAGCCUAUCCACUUUGGACCAGAUGAAUCUGCAACAGGAAUUUGAAGAAGAUGCAGACCAUGCUGCGAACAAGGCGGCCAUGUCUGCCAGAAGUCAACUUACACAAAGUAAGGCGGCGUGUAGUCAACUUACACAAGAAGGCCAACACAAAGAGGUAGGCUUUACAGAUUUACCAGCUGGAUCACAUACAAGCAGGUCUCCACGAGCACCAUUGCCUCCUGCCGACGCUUGGAGUGGAUCGGACUCCUGGGGUGCUCCAGGAUUAGAAAAAAUGGUGACUGAACUGUCGCUCGGGGAUCAAGACUGGGCACCAAUAAUAUUGCAUCUCGCUCAGGAGGCGUGCAAAACAGUGAACCCAGAUGUUCGCCGUGCAGAUAGCAUGGACAUACGACCUUAUAUAAAAAUCAAGCUGAUACCGGGAGGAACUUUGAGUGGGUGUCGAUAUGUUGACGGGAUCGUCUUCCGCAAGGAUGUUGUGCACAAGAUGAUGAAGAAGGGCGCCUACACACCUCGCAUUCUACUCUUAGCAGGUGGAAUUGAUUUUCAGCGGGCGCAUUCUAAGCUUGCGAGUUUUAGCACCCUGAUAGAGCAGGAACAGAAGUAUACGGAAAUAAUCGUAGAAAAAAUUGUUCGAUUGAGGCCGCACUUGCUCUUCGUUGGUCAUUCCAUAUCGCGCCAGGCUCAGGAAUACCUCCACGAGCACGAUGUUAUCGCUAUUCAACGUGUGAAACCAAAGUUGAUGCAGCGUAUUGCACGUAUGACAGGUGCUGUCAUCUUGUCAUCCACGGACCACGUGACGAGUAUGAGCCAGUAUCGACAGACUGCACUCGGGAGCUGCCAGCGUUUUCAAAUCGCAAAGUAUCCUUCCGCUCCACUUGAAGCUUCUACAUCUACUGAAAUCGGGAGGACAGCCAGCUGCGAUAGCCCCCAUCUAAAACGCGUCAGAGGGCAUGGGUAUAUUAGCUAUGUCUACCUCACGGGCUCCCCGAAAGUUCUUGGAUGCACAUUGGUACUGCGUGGUGCAAACAUAUCUAAACUGAAACAAAUUAAGCAAAUGGUUCGAUUUGCGGUAUUUAUAGCCUACCAUCUGCGCCUUGAAUGCUCCUUUUUUAAGGAUGCCGGAGCGAUGCUACCUUUAAGUACUGCAACGAGGAAUACAAAAAUGGCGGAAAAAUCAACUGAUGGCGCACUCCUAUCUUCGUCUUUAGCGGUUGACUUUGGGGAUGGGGCAAUCCAUUCCCAGGCGUUUUCAUCUGGUGCCGGUACACACGUAAUUAAGAAUCUGCCAGUAACAUCCGCAUUUGACCAUCAGAGCUUGCUGGUUACCAGUGUGUGGAUGAGUCAACGGGCACAAUGUGCUUCCGCUGAGGUCAAGGGCAUCCUCUAUUAUACACCCCAAGAUGUGUGCCUCGGCCAGUUUCUUCUUGACUCUUGCUUUAAUGUGGACCUAAAAUUUCCCCACGGUGAUAAAAAGUCAGUAUUGGAUAUUACGCAAAUAUUUUAUCACAACGAUGGCAGGAUUCCGAUUACUGUCGUCAAAAUGGACCAGCCGAUACCUGGCAAUGUGAUGCUAGGUCAGGAUGUAGAGAAUUCACGUAAUCCGAACUACGAAAGGACCAUUUACAUGUGGAGUUACUGCAAGCGCUGCGAGCGAAUUGUGACCCCUUUGAUUCCCAUGUCUGAAGAUACAUGGAAAAUGUCUUUUGGGAAGUUUUUGGAGGUACGCUUUUACAAUAUGGCGGCUUGCUGUCGAACAGGUGGCUGUCGGCAUUGUCUACAGACCGAACACGUGUUCUACUAUGGCUGUCAAAGCUUAGUUGCACGCUUCGACUACGAAAGGAUCCAGCCCUAUGAUAUUUGCGUUCGCAAGCAACUGCCGUUUGACAGUACCUUUCACUACAAUGAACUAGCCUCCCAAUACAUUGGGGUGCAGAACCUUGGCAUCACACUUUUCCACUCGUUUCAUAUAAAGCAUACUGAAUUAGAAGCUGUUCUGGAUGCCUCGACUCCUAUGUCUGAGUUCAAAGAAUUCGCCGCCUCCCUCCGAGCCGCAGUACUAGCUGAGUUGAGUCAAAUUUCACACGAGUUGCAAAGCUACUCCAAAUGGCUCCAAAGCGAGCUAGCUGGUGAAGUCGCUCGACAUGACAAGCUGUCUCGCCAAAUCAAUCUUAGAACGAUGCAGUUUCCAACUCAGUUUAGACGGGAACUCUAUAUCAGGAGUAGUAACUGGAAUCAGCGAUUCUCUCUGUUGGGGCAGCUCCUCAAUUCCACCAGGGAUCAAGUCCGACCUCCUGCAGGAGCUGGGACUGACCCUAGCCACGCAGGUGCCAUUCCCCCUGGGAGCAUUGAUUUGGAUUUUGUACUAGCAGAGUUGCUACGACUGCAGAACCUUACAGAGCCCACGUACGUGUCAUCAUCUGCCAUAGGCGCAUCGCUGGCAUUAGAUGAGGAUGCAGAUGAUGCAGUUGUCGAAGAGGACGAGGGAGAUGAAUUCCAUGAAGAUGCACAUCCUGAAGAGCCUGAACUAGGAUCAAAACAUGACUUGACAACCACAUCUCCGGAGAGUCUCCGGCUAGCACCGAGUGAGACUCGAGCGGGCAACAAUGCUCUUGAAUUCCACAACAAAGAGCUCGCCAAGGGAGACCGCCCAUCCUUUGAUACUCCCAUCUCUGAUUUGCGUGAAUCGUCAUUGCGGCCGGAAGGUGAACAUGACUCAGGAUUGAACGCAGUCCGACGACCGACGGCUGACGUUGCUCGGGAUCGCGCAAUUGGUGGGGCGACUCUCCGUCGCGGAUACAAGAUCUCGAGUGCAUUCGCUCGGCUUUUGGGCAAAGAUAGCCCUGAGGAGGAUCCAUGGAUUGUACCACUCGGAGAACUUGAAGGAGGACGGCCACGGUUGGAGGCCGGUGAUCGCGGCGAGGUGCUACUAGUGCAUGAAGAGCAGCCUACCACCAUCAUUGCGUAUAGCUUGAGCACACUGCAUUACAGGCGCGCUUUAGCAACCUACAUGGAUUCUAAUGAGCAACAGAAGACUCACACGUGCGAAUCUAGUAUAGGAGGUGAAAGAGCCAUUGGCAGCACCCUUCGAUUAACCGCUAUCGUGGCACCAUGCGAACCGUCCUGCCCUGAAAACGUCGAUAGCUACCCAUGGGCCGGAGGGCUCGCGUCACUUUUGGAACAGGAUAGUACAGCCAAUCCUCCUGCGUGCAACCAUCGCCCGACGCUAGAUCCUGUAGAAACCCUGAGUGCUUUAUUUAGACGGCCGACUAAUUUGGUGGAACGGAAUAAUCCUAUUGGGCGACUCAAUUCGCUGCAGUGCGGCAAGCUCAUUGUGGGAGAGGUGAAGAAGAAGAACUCGGCUUCCUGCGGUCUCUGA